GUGCUAAAAUCACGCAGCAAAGAGGUAUAAAAAGAGUCUUCUCCCAGCGUACGAAUGAACGUCGCUGCUUGAGACCUGAAUCGCAUCACUAGCUCUCCGUUUUAGCCUCGGUGAAAUAUGUCUGGAGGUCUUCUCUCGGCGGUCGGUCUGCUGUGUCUGCUGUCCGUUUGCUCGGCCUGUUACAUCUCCAACUGCCCCAUCGGAGGAAAACGAGCCGCGCCGGACUUGCCAUCUCGACAGUGCAUGUCGUGCGGUCCUGGAGAUCGCGGCCGGUGUUUUGGUCCCAGUAUCUGCUGCGGUGAAGGCAUCGGCUGCUUGGUCGGCUCUCCGGAGACGCUCCGCUGUCUGGAGGAGGAUUUCCUUCCUUCUCCGUGCGAAGCGUCUGGAAAAGCAUGCGGUUACGAGGGACGCUGCGCUGCUCCCGGCGUCUGCUGUGACUCAGAGGGCUGCAGUAUGGAUCAGUCGUGUGUGGACGGAGACGCUGACGGAGCGGCCUCCAGCAGCCAAGACCUUCUGCUGAAGCUGCUGCACCUGUCUAACCACGCCCACCCCUACAGACUCCACCAAUGAAACGCUCGCAGGAGAGUGACAUCAUCUCAGGAGGAGCCGCCCACCAACCGCAACAACUCAUCACCUACUUUUUGUAAACCACGUUUGUAUAGCCGCUAGGUAUUUGUAUGGCUAAUACACAUUAGUCGUGCUGUAUAGAUGAUAGCUUGACUGUACGUCUGUGCAGCUAUUAAACUCUGAGAGAAA